AUGAUACUCCCGUUCAACGCUGUGGGAGCUGGACCCCGCGCUGACUCCGUAUCAAAACUACCGGCAAGAGAAAUGUACGCACACAGCCGUCUCAAAAGCUGGACGACUAAACUCUCCGAUACGUGGUUCGCAUUGCAAAUUACUCACUUCGGAGGCAAAUAUUCCAUUGAGCGGAUGCUAGCACUCGAGGAAUAUACUCGAAAUACGUCAUUAUCCCGUAUCCUGCUUGUGGUUGUAUGUACCCCACUCCCGACUAUCAUAUUGGUGUUGUGUCAGGAAAGUAUUCCAUUGCAGGACCCAUCUGACGGCUGGAGCACCAAUUACGGAUUUUGGUUCCGCAUGGGGACAUUAGCAGUCGGUGAAGCCUGUGCUACGAUCAUUCAAGUUGCAUUCCUCCUCGACGGCAUCGAUUUAUCACUACGACAAAUUGUACUACUCUGUGUUUGCGUUGGAAUCAGCCAUACAGCAGCUGCGAUGCUGAUUGCAGCAUACUGGGUGUUCCCAAUUCCGUUUGCUAGCUUCACACUAUCCAUGAUUUUGUUUGCCUUUUUCGUGGUUAUGUUUCGUAUUCUCGUGGGAGGACAAGUUUUACGGCCUAUUCUGUCUCAACGGGAACAACUGCGUCAAUGUGCGAAGUUUUUCACAGUGCAAAUGUUCAUGGUUAUUGUCUACCCGUCCUAUCAGGUGUUGUUUGAGGCAGUAAAUCAGACAAAUUACGAGUUACCGGUGCUGUUGCUACUCCCAGCUCUAAAGCUGGUUCUGAAAAACAUCUCUACAUUCACCAUUUUACACAAGGAAGACACAGUACCUGAGCAAGUCAUCUUCACAGUUGACUUCUUCGAUGCAUUUUAUCUGGCAAUGUGCAUGAAAAACGUCACGUCCAUGACGACAGUGAUAGCGAUAAUGGCCGUAGAUCUGGCACAGACUGCUCUGGAAAUGCAAGAGCUGUAUCAGCGAACGCAAGGUGUUUUGGAACGAUUAAACAGAGCGCUGGGGAUGAAUAACAACCAAAAUCUGCUUGCUGCUGUUCGAACAUUGUGUGAAACAUGUAACUUUGAUAUCCAGCAGAAAAAGACAACCACAUGCUUUCGAGUACGUUCGUGCAUUUUUCACAAGUUAUCACAAGAAGGAGAGAAGAUCCUUGAAAACUUGAAAAUUUGCUCAAUCAAGCCGUCAAGCCAAGAAUCUACGAGAAGAUUAUCUAUGUCUGCUCGAAUCUCGCGAUGGAAACGAGGAGUUGUUCGCAUUCAACCGAAGAUUGAUCUUGCGCCUGGAAACGUCGAGUCCGUGACUGUAACUUCCAAAGUUUUACGACGUUCUCGACAAAUGAACGAUAAUGUAAAUAUCCUCCGCGAAACUCUCGAAGUUCUAUUCACAAACGAGUGUCUUGUUCUUACAGAGUAUCUCGAAACUAUUGUUCCAAUACUGUACGCAAAUUUCGUGCUUGUCAUGGUGCACUUUCCGAGUGUUCAGUAUCACUCAGAAAUGCUCGGAGCCACCCCAGAAAAUGUUGGGAGCACGAUUCAAAAUGUGCUCGUCUACGCACUAUUGGAACUCGCAUCAUUUGUCGUGCUUGCCGUUAUAAUGUGGAGAAAUUGUGGCAUCCACGCACUGUACCAAUUGGCAUUUGUUCUGGAGACACAAUGGACGUUUAUACAGCCUAAACUGGUGCUUUGGGUGCUAACGACAUUGACCUACAGCGUUCGACUGGAUUCGUGA